GAUUUCUGAACAGUAGGAAAACACGUGACAUUAAUUCACGUGACUGAAAGUCUAAAUGCGGGCGCCUCCUUGCUAUGAAGAGUUGUUGGGCCAGUAUUUGGCUUAGAACAAAAAUACGAACAUCGCGAUCGACGAGUAUUUCAGCAAUUACGCAGAGAUCAGCAAUUUCAUUCUCUGCGAUAGUACACGCAAAUUAGAGAGUGAUUUGUAGAGUCAGCGAUUGUUUAUAGCUGCAGCUGAUUGUGAUUUGCAGAGGAGAUCUGGAGCACACAAACAGGUUGAUUAUAUCGCGACAUUCCUCCCGCGUCUUGCUUAUAAGUCGCAUCAGACGUAUUUGAAUUGAGCAAAAAUGCCACCUUUUAGGGACGAGAGCAUAUUUGUCAUCGCUACGGGAUCACAGACAACAAAGGUGCAGUAUGGACUUCCCGAGUCUCUGACACCUGCGCAGAAGGUUGUGUCGACGCGUGUUUAUCGAACUGCUCAGUCGGGAUUCUCGAUGGAGGGCGCGGAAUCUGAUGCAGUUUAUCCUAUUAAAGAUGGUAUAAUUGAGGACCUAGAGGCCCUACAGUAUCUAAUCGGAUACCUCUACAGAACCACAAUAAACCUUGCCCCAGACGCGACUCCAUUCUCGCCAAUUCUCAUGACCUCGAACUCGGAAUGGCGACCAAAGCAGAUCGAGUCGAUAAUCUCCUAUGUUUUCAACACGCUCCAUGUUCCGGCCGUGACAGUCAUCCCCGAGUCUUUGGCGGCAGUGUUUUCGUACGCGUCACCGACGGCAUGUGUUGUCAAUAUCGGAUACGAAAAGACCGAGAUCACGCCGGUUGUCGACUUUUGUAUUUCCGAUACCGCGCAGGAAGUUUUCCAUGGCGUGGGCGGGAAGCUCAUCAAUGAGGAGUUAGAGGCACUGUUACCAAAUUUGAAGCCCUAUCAGAUCGAGGAGCUGAAGAGGUCGAAAAUCUAUGAGAUCUUGAGCGAGAUAUCGAUGGGUUUUUUCGGUGAACCCAGCCAACCUGCGACGACUUCACUGGAAGAUGAGGGAAUUGUCGAUGUCGCUGCUAUCGUCACCAGUGACAACGCGCGAGAACUAUUGGCGCAGCGGGAACAGCAGCUACAGAACGGCAAGCAGGUGGAAUUGAAGAACUCGGAGAUGCCGAGAAACUCGUUUGUUGACUCGACCGGCAACCGGAUCGAGGUCGGAACCGAGAGAUUCAAGGGCGCGGAGAAGCUUGUGGAGCAGCUUGCGCAGGCUAUUGGACGAACUAUUGCAAAGAUGGAUGACAUCACGAAACGCGGUGAUUGCUGGGAUAACAUUGUCUUGGUCGGCGGCCCGACGGUGAUCAGGGGGUUCGUCGACGCCGUGCUUUUGUCAUUGCAGGAGCAUUUCCUAGUUAACCGAACAAAUACCUUCUCUGAGAUCCCGUCUGGUAUCAAUACGCCGGGUGGUUAUGGCUCCCCAAUUGGCUCGGCUUACGGCCAGAUGCACACCAUGGGCCACGGCCAGGUGCCCACGAGUAUAAAGAUCGCGCGACUGGCCGACUACUUUCUCGGGUGGAAGGGCCAUACGUGGGAGAAUGCUCAGUUUUUGGGAUGCCAGAUUGCAGCCAAGCAGAUUUUUACGCCGGGAAUUGCUAGCAUAGACGGUGCUUAUAUAUCAAAAGAAGAUUUUGCGGAGUAUGGGGCUAAACAGAUCUGGAGUCUGGGGUUGUUCUAGCCGGAUGGUUUGAAGGUGAAGGAUGUAUUUCUAGCGAUGCGUGUUUUUUUCCGUUGUGUCAGUUUGUUUUAAUCUAGCUGUGCUGUGUAGUUUUGGAAUCAUGUAUGAUAAUCAAUAGAUCUGUUGUUGUUCAUAAGCUGGCCGAAAGAGAGGGAUCUGGUGAAGCGGCCGAGG